AUGGGGACUGCGUACCAUGCGGAGGAGGAUCUGUUGAUCCUGCGGUGCCAUGUGAGCAAGAGAUCUCGAGAGCGAGUCCAACUGGCGAGGGCGCCGACGAUUCAUGACCAUGCAGAUUCCCUGGAACCGCAGGCGGUGGCCAUGGAUGUCGACAGCCCUGAAGAGUCAAGUGGCGUAGGAUGCGCAUCGCCAACCUCUGAACUCGGUGGUGAAGCUGUGAUACUCGAAGAAGAUGCGGGCAAAGGAGUGGACCAGGCCUCCGAAGCGUUGUGGCACGCUCGGAUGGGACAUUUGAACCGGGGCGACUUGAGGGUGGUCCUCCGGCAGACCGGCACUCCGUACCGACCGCUGACGCAGGCGCAGCUGCAGGCAACGCCGCAGUGCCCGGCGUGUAUGUCGGGUAAGCAGCAUCAGAAGAGGAACUCCCGCGCAAGACGGCCACGUCUGCAUUCAAGAAGAAUUUUCGAAUUGAUCCAUUCGGACAUCAUGGAGAUGCCGAUUGCCAAAGAUGUCUCCAGAAGAUUCCUCACCGACAAUGGAAGAGAAUAUCUGCCGAUCGGAACACACCUCGAAAGCCAGGGAGUUGAGUUCGACACCUCGCCGCCAUACUGCAAAGGACAGAAUGGGCUGGCCGAACGCACGAAUCGCACUAUCCGGGAGCGGAUCAACACGCUCCUGUCCGAUGCGAACCUUCCUCCUUCCUGGUGGGUCGAGCUUGUCGACACGGUGGUCUAUCUGAAGAUGCGUGCGCCAGCAUCGAUCCUACAGAAGAAGACCCCGUUUGAAGUGAUUUAUGGGAAGCCACCGGCGCUCCUGCAUCUGCGUGCCUGGGUUUUGAUCCCAAAGGAGCAUCGAGCCAAACUCGGGCCGCGAUCGUCCGAGUGCCGCCUACUGGGCUACUGUGAGCCGAACCAGUACAAACUGUACGAAAUUCAUUCUGGAAAGACAGUCUUCUCCCGCGAUGUCGACUUCGAUGAGCGGACCCCUGUGGCGCCACUCAUCGAGGGGGAAACAGGCAACGACCUUCCGGAUAAUACUCCUCCAUCGCCCGUCUUUUCAUCAAUUCCACGCUUAGCUAGCGGGCUGCCAACGCCUCCUGCAUCGCCAUUAUCUCCGUCGAAUGACCAAAUGAAAAUGCCCGAGGAGAUCCCUCCAGUGGUCAAUCCGACUGAACAAGGACUUGAUGUGACCUCGGAUCUUGGGUACUCAAUCUACGGUCGCCGACGAAGACCGUCGCGGCGUCUUCUGGAAUCACUCGGUAAAGUAUACUCGGCAGGCGCAUUGAAAGCAUGCCCGGACAGACGAGUCGAUCCGGUGACCUUUGGCGAAGCUGUGUCAGGCUCAGACCAGCUGGACUGGUGGGCCGCUAUCCAGAAAGAAUAUUCUUCGCUUCUUGAACACGGAACAUGGGAAAAGAUUCGACGAGAAGAGGUUCCGGCUAGUGACCAUGUGAUUGGCUGCAAGUGGGUCUUCAAGACCAAAGCUAACGGAACGCGUAAAGCGCGUUUGGUCAUCAAAGGCUAUCGGCAGCAACAGGGCAUCGACUUUCAUGAAACGUUUGCGGCGGUGUCCAGGAUGGACUCGGUCCGCUGCAUCGUCGCCAGCGCCGUGCUGCGUGGAUGGAAACUCCACCAAUUCGAUGCGGUCACCGCAUUUCUCCAUGGAGACAUUGACUCCUCUAUCUAUAUGGAGCUGCCAGAAGGCUUUGAAGAGCCAGGAUACUCGGACAAUUGUGUGUUCUACAAGCCAGACUGCGUUGUCUGUGUCUAUGUCGACGACUUUCUUGUUGCGGCAGCAAACAAACACAAAAUCGACCAAGUGCAGCAAGCAUUGCAAGCGGAGUUCCAGCUCAAUGAUCUGGGCAUCCCACAAUCAUUUCUCGGGAUCCAGUUUGACCACCAGGUUGACGGAUCUGUAUCUAUUCACCAACACCAGUACAUCCAGAAGGUGCUGUCGGAUUUUGGUAUGGAGAACUGUCAGCCGAAGUCUACGCCGAUGAACCCUAAGCAAAGCCUGAAUUCUCGCGCAGAGGAGGAACCUCCGGAUGAAGAAGCAAAAGCUCGCUACGCGACUGCUAUCGGCUCGCUCAUGUAUUUGAUGGUUGGCACGCGACCAGACAUCGCGUUUGCGCUAGGAAUGUUGAGUCGCUUCACAUCCCGACCGCAAUCUCAUCAUCAAGUCGCCCUUCAACGGCUGCUACGCUACAUCACAGCCACACAAUCAUACCGGAUCACCUACCGCAGCGGGCAAUUAAUUGGAUACACAGAUGCCGAUUUUGGUGGCUCUGUCGUCACUGACGGUGCCUACUCAACAUCUGGCUAUGUCUUCCAACUUGCAGGCGCGCCAGUUUCCUGGUCUUCUAAGAGACAGGGGGAAGUGGCCACAUCUACAACCCACGCCGAGUAUAUCGGACAGUACAAUGCUAUUCUGCAUUUACAGUGGCUUCGCACCUUUCUGGCUGAAACUCACCUGUACCGCUCUCCAGUCACCAACAUCAUGGCUGACAAUCAGUCUGCCAUUGCUCUCUCUCGCAAUCCCGAGUUCCAUAAACGAACGAAACACUUCAAUGUCAAGUUCCACUACCAGCGCGCCGUGCUGGAUGCUGGCGAGAUUGGGCAUCAGUAUGUUCCGACCGAGGAACAGGCCGCGGAUGGUCUCACCAAGCCAUUGGGGCCUACGGCCUUUCUCAAGUUUUGUAGUCUCCUAGGAGUGGAUGCUUCGGAGACUGUGAUAAAACGCGCGACAGCGCAGGCGCUCUUUCCGCUGUAUUUUCCCACGAAGCUUUUUUAUUGA